UUGGUCCAGACGACUGGUGGGGGAUAUUCAUAAUCCUUAAGUUUCGCUCGUAUCUUCAUAAAGAUAAGAGAGAGAACGGGAGAAGGAUCGUGCUUACGAGCACAUAGUUUACGAGUUCGAACGCAGUACACAUCCGGUUUCAGCGAGUGUUUGGUGUGAAUUGACGAAAUGAUAAAUAUGAGCUUAAAAGUGAGACAAAGGGAGAGAGAGGAAAGAAAAAAAAUCGUAAAAAGAGAGGCAGAAAUUUAACAAGCGUUGCUGAACACGGAUAUGAUAAAAUAUCAGUUUUUAAAAUAGAAUAAACGUGGUUUGAGUGCGUGACAUAUGCAGAACAUACGAGAUAUUGCUGAUAAAAGUUAAUUUCAUGUUUUACGAACAUAUGUGUACAUGCGCAUGCGCGUUGCGAAGGUACGAAUACGUAGAAUUUCGCUGUCGAACGGUGAUCGUAUUGUGAAAAAUCCGUGCGGAAUAGCGAAAACAAACAACUCGUGUCCGCCAUCUUGUGCCUCUCCAGCUACGUUAAAAAAAGGAAGUGAGAGUGUGAGAGAGAGGGAGAGAAAGAGAGGAAGGAAGAGAGAGAAAGAGUGAGUGAGUGAGAAUUCCGGGGAGCGACGCGUGUGAUUUUUAUUUGGUGAGGAAGAAAAAAAGUGUAAGCAGAGGUGACCAACGGUCACCGAAUGUGGUCAAAUUCGCAAAAUACACGAAUAGAGAGGACUGCGAGAGAACUCGAAGUAAAAGAGGCGAGGUAGCAUUGUGCUCAGAAGGAGGUUCGUAGGGUACCCCACCAUUUAUUCCCCCUUCCCUUUUGCCCUGAAUCCCGAGAUUAUUGCGCAGUUAGAAAAUUCAUUGAAUAUAAAGACCGCCGAAAACUUGGUUGCAUCUUUAGAAAGUAGCCCGCGGACAUCGUAUGACGGGUUGGUUGACUUCGUGAGUGAUAGAAAGGACGAAAGUAUUAUAAAGAAGCCAUGACGAAUUCGGUACCAAAAUUGAAGAACAAAGUAGACCGGCAGGGUUCGCCGAAUGUCGGUGUGGAACGAUAUCAUCACCGUUCAAGUGCAAUCAAAUCGUCAACAUUUUUCCACAACAGUGGAAGAUCUCAUGGCAGAAAUUCAACCGGCAGACUAACCUGCAGCCCACACGGUUUGUCAAAGGGUUCGAGAACUUCGCCGUUGCGAUGUGAUUACAGUCCGCGCGGCAGUCCAACAAACAGUUUCUAUGCGGGUGCAAAGUUUUCUGAACCGCCAUCUCCUGCGAGCCUUCCGAAACCACCGAGCCAUUGGACUACGAGACUGAUGAGCAGUUGUCAACAAUCCGACAGGAGUUGCGAUAUUUCAAAGCAUCUGAAGAUGAUACUAAACGUCCAAGCCUGAUACCUAAAGACCAACAAACCGCUAAAAAUGGUUACCAGCUCCUAAAAGCAAAGAGACAGGUACGAUAUUAUCGUUCCCCUACUCUUGAAUUUAAGGAUGUAUUUUUUCUCUUGUAUGUGAUGUCAAGCUGUACGUUUUAAACAUAACAAACAAAAAAACAGAAGUGUUUAUAACUGCGCGAUAACACAAUCUCUUAAGAACGAUACGCGAUUAAUAUUGCAACAAGAAAAACAGGGCACCAGCGUCUUCAGUUUCAUGGUAUCAGAUGCUGAGGAGAUGAAGAAAAAACAAACCAGGAUUCGUUGUUUAAAACUAUACAAAACAUAUAAACAUUGAGUAUGAAAGACGCAGGUGCGUCUGCCGUGAACCAUGAUUCAAGUAUAUGGUAACUUGUAACAAUUCUAUUAUGCGCCGUCUAUGAAGAUAUAAACGUAUGUAUUUUAGAUUAUUAUUAUAUAUGAUUAACUUGCAGAGACGCAUACACAUACACAAAUACAUAAACACUAUUAUAUUAUCUGUUUGACGAAAUGGUACGAAGACAUAGGCAAAGCUGCAUUAGCUAUUUUUAAAAACAAUAGCUAUAUACUCUUUAUUUUUCUUUUUUUUUUUUUUUUGUUUAAAUCAAAAUUGCUACAUCCUAGCACUGUUGAUUAUUGACAGUAUGUUUUAUUCUUUUUUCAAUUGCAACCCGGAAUUCUUUCCAAAAUAGUUAUUUAAAUCUUUACACAAGAUGUAUGCUAAUUGCUUUUUUCCCUCAUUGAAAGAUACUUUAUAUUUACAACAUAAGUGGUAAACUUUAAGUAUUAUAUAUAUUCAUCUACUGCUCUUUAGCAUAAACCUAAGUAUCGAUUAAGUGUAUAUCAGACUAAUUAUUAUUCCUAUGUAACUGCUUGCCUCCCAGGUUCAGUUAAGUUGUCAAUAGUUUUGGUAGAAUCCAAUGUUCAAUGAAUCAUAAGGACAUAAUCAAAUUAUCCUUGAAAGAUUUACCAGAGCAAAAUUUGUUGGUUUCUAUUUAUCUUCUUUUACUAUCGAAGGUAUUCUUACUCGUUUUGCAGCUUUGCAAUAGUUCUGCAAAGCAUUACAUAAGAUUUAAGUGACGUGUUUCCAGCGUGCAUACAGAUGAGAUCCCAUAAUUCAUCAAUGAAAAAAUGGGAUUAAAUUGUGUGAAUGAACGAUAGUGAAAAUAAUCUGAUAUAUGCUUGAUGAAUGUUUAUUAGUUUUUGUUCUCCAUUUUUCAGUAAAUUCGAGAUUAAGCAAUGCUUCUGCUUAAGUUAACAAAAUUUUUAUGAAGGUUUUCUUUAAGUGACAAAUUUAAUUUUUAUCUAAUAUAAAAAAUGUGGUCAGAAGCUUGUCAUAAGAUUUCAUUAUAAAGUGAUUUUAUUUAAAUUUGGAAUUGGAUAUCGUUUAUUAUUUAAUACUGAAAUUAUGAGUUAACAAAAUUUUUUGGUUCAGUUCUAAACAUAUAUAUUUCAAAAGUAAAAUUUUUGCUAAUUUUAUACUGUUAUAAAUGAUUUUUUUCUUUCUAACGUUGCACUCGUUACAUGACAAAGAUAGUAACAAUAAUUUUUAAUUUUUCUUGCAUUUUUCUUUCUUUUUAUUUUUUUUUUUUUUUUUUUUUUUUACCUAAAAUACGAUCAUAUAUUUAAUCAAGUAGACUGACCAAAUUAUUUGAAGUGGUGUUUUAACUAAUACGUUUUUUUCUUUUUAUCUAAAAGAAGGCACUAUUUUUCUUUUUUUUUUUCUUUUCUUAAAUUACGUUAGUUUCAUUUUUUCUUUGGUAAUUACUUUCUUUCUUCUUUCAUAAGUUUAAUUUUUAAGGUGAAUUACGAAGAUAGGUUUCGGUAUAUGUACAUGCAGAUCUCAAGAAAAAGCUACUGAGUGAAUCCAUGCGUGUGAAUGUAUAUAUCUUGCGUGAAGGAGUGAGAGAGAAAGAGAGAAAAGAUGGCAAAAAUGUGCAAUCUCGAACUUUCAAUUACUUUCUCCAUCUUCGUAGUCUCGUAAGGCAAAACAAAUUUUUAAUCGUAUCUAUAGCAUCUAACAGCGGUAUGUCUCACGGAAUGAUUGACAGAAAUUUUGAUGUAAAAUCGAGAAGAGUUUCAUGGGUUUUCGAAUUUACUAACGAUACUCAAUGAACACUGUCUCGAUUCGUUCUCUUUUUCCUUUUUGGGAAUCGUCGCUGUGUAGCGGUUCGCAGAAAGCGAAAGGGAGUUGCAGUUCCGAGAAAAAGGGAAGGAAAGAAUUAUAUUAAUCAACAUCCGUCUUCAUUCCUCUUACUUUCAUAAGAAUUCGAUUAUUUAGUUAGAUUAGUUUCUUUGAAUUCGUCUCCCUUUCUUAGAAAUCGUAUUUGUUCAAGGUUCUUUGGCAGUUUCAAAUUUCUGUUCGUCUAAGUUUCCAUAGAGAAAAAUAGUUUUUUUAUGAUAGCACAUGUGUGAUAAGAUAAGAGCUUGAAGAUAAACGAUGGUCGCCAUACUUGUUGCUAAAUAGUUUCUGCUCUCGACGGAAGAGGAAUUGUCGCAAUUGGUCAGAUGAAAAAACAAUUUAAAAUACAGAGAUAGGAUCACAUCGAUAGAGAAUCGUUCUUAUCGCAUACAUAGUUUUGUUAUUAACAAUAUACGCAUAAGUUCCAGAUUUUUUAAGUAAAUGGGUUUCUAUCGAGGGUCUUCGCUAAAAGAAAUGCUCCUCCACGUUCGUUUGGUGUUUUUGAUUCGAAGGAGGAAGUACAACGAUCUGUCUCAAACUGCUAGGAGAUUUCAGUAUUUGUCCAGUGAUUAUUAUUUUAUUAAUCGGCUUUAAAUUGUAUAUGUAUAAUUAUAUUAGGUGUGGUAUUUGAAAGUUAAUUGUAAAUACGUGCCAGGAUUCGAAUGGAAAAUUUUCAAAUUCGGUACGAGUUUUUCUUAAGACCUCAUUGGGCGUGAAGUAAAACGAAUUAAGCACUGCCGUCCUAUGAGAGAUCGAUCGAAUCAUCAUCCCGCUUUGAGCAUACGAGGAUUAUUGCACAGACGCGCAUCGUUUGUGAAUGGUGUAAAUAGACAGACGAGGGCUGAUAAAGAAGUUGUAAAUUUCAAGCAACAUCUGUAAAUGUACUGUAAAAAAAAAAGAAAAAAAAAUGGGAGGGAUUAGUGUACAUACGGCGAAACAGAAUGCAGACGGACGAUGUGCAUUAUGUAUAUCUCAUAUACAUAAAGGGUAAAUUAAUCGAAAUAUCUCGGUAAUAACGGCGUUUUGUUCCGUUCCGAUUGAGAGCAAAAGGCUUAAAAAGAGUUUGAAACUUUAAGUAACAGCAAUAUGCGUAAUUACCUGCUCGAGUCUCGGAGAAGUGCAAAAAAUAGUCAGUAUGUGCAAAAGUGAAACAAAAAAAAAAUACAGAAAA